GUCCUCUCACUCAAAUUCACAGUGAGAGGAGCUUGAGCUUUGUAGGGUAGUAGUAGUCCUAAUAGCUGCCAUGGCAAUUUCUUUUACUGCUACGGCCACAGCUUCACCGAAGCUUCUCUUUACAGCCUCCUCCCCUUCUUCUUCUUCAUCCAAUUCUACUUGUACGCCCAGUUAUCUUCCCCUCUCAAAUGGGAGAAGCCGCACUAAAGGAAGCCUCGCCAUUAAAGCAGCCCCUCUCCUCUCCUCUUCUUUCACCAAUCCCUCCAGCAUUUUCUGGUUGACUUCCACCGAGGCCGGGAGGAGCCACCGCCGCUCCUUCACUGUUCGAGCCGCUAGGGGCAAGUUCGAGCGCAAGAAACCCCACAUCAACAUCGGCACCAUAGGACAUGUCGACCACGGCAAGACCACUCUCACUGCCGCUCUCACUAUGGCCUUGGCCGCCGUCGGUAACAGUGCUCCCAAGAAGUACGACGAAAUCGAUGCCGCCCCUGAGGAGCGUGCCAGAGGCAUCACGAUCAAUACCGCUCACGUCGAGUACGAGACUGAGAACCGCCACUACGCCCACGUUGACUGCCCUGGCCACGCCGAUUACGUCAAGAACAUGAUCACCGGUGCUGCUCAGAUGGAUGGUGCCAUCCUUGUCGUCUCUGGUGCCGAUGGCCCCAUGCCCCAGACCAAAGAGCACGUCCUUCUUGCCAAGCAGGUUGGCGUCCCUAACAUGGUCGUUUUCCUCAACAAGCAAGACCAAGUAGACGAUGAGGAGCUCCUCCAGCUCGUCGAAUUGGAGAUCCGUGAGCUCCUCUCCUCCUAUGAGUUCCCCGGUGACGAUGUCCCCAUUGUCUCCGGUUCCGCGCUCUUAGCCCUAGAAGCCCUCAUGGCUAAUCCUUCCAUCAAAAGAGGGGAGAGCCAGUGGGUCGACAAAAUCUACGAGCUGAUGGAUGCAGUCGACGAUUACAUUCCCAUCCCUCAGCGCCAGACUGACCUUCCCUUCCUCCUCGCAGUCGAAGAUGUCUUUUCCAUUACUGGCCGUGGGACCGUGGCUACGGGUCGUAUUGAGAGGGGCGCCAUCAAGGUCGGAGACACUGUUGACCUUGUGGGCCUUAAGAACACCCGCAACACCACCGUUACGGCUCUCGAGAUGUUCCAGAAGACCCUUGAUGAGGCCUUCGCCGGAGAAAAUGUUGGUCUUCUCCUCCGUGGUAUCCAGAAGGAUGAGAUCCAGAGAGGUAUGGUUCUUGCCAAGCCAGGCAGUAUCACUCCCCACACCAAGUUCCUUUCCAUAGUCUACGUGCUCAACAAGGAGGAAGGUGGCAGGCACUCCCCUUUCUUUGCGGGAUACAGGCCUCAGUUCUACAUGAGGACGACCGAUGUCACUGGAAAGAUUUACUCCAUCAUGAAUGACAAGGAUGAAGAGUCCAAGAUGGUAAUGCCAGGAGACCGUGUUAAGAUGGUUGUUGAGCUAAUUGUACCUGUGGCCUGUGAGCAAGGUAUGCGGUUCGCCAUAAGAGAAGGUGGGAGGACUGUUGGAGCAGGUGUCAUCCAGUUAAUCAUCGAAUGACGUAAGCUGCUUUUGGCCGAUAAUAAACCCGCUGUGGCAGCAAGUGAUCCUUACCUUUGAAUGUCUAGGGGCUUGAGGUAUCAACCUUAUGCAGUGAGUGUACCUAGUUCUUCUUCAUUCCUAGUGUCAUAUAGUGUUCAGUUUUGUCGUUUUAGCUCAGUUAGAUCAACAAAGUAGCUAUGCUUCUAUGUAAUUUUCCAUCCCUGUUGCCACUGUUGAUAGCUAAGCUGAAAUCUUUUGUUAAACGAGUCUCCGAUGGUUGCAUAAUUGCAUUUUCCCCUCUUCUUUAUUGUGUUGGUUCCCUCAUUGUGGUUUUACUUCUUUAUGUCUGAAACUGAUUAGAAAACUAAGCGUCAUUUUGGUUAAUAAUGCUGCAGUAAGUUCUUUCAACUUUUUGGA